GUGUCCUUUACAUGUCCUGGCAUACCAGGCGAUCAAGUGGGCAGAGCAGAUGACUGGAUUGGGCCAACGGGGAAACAUAUUAUGGCAACGGGGCAAUUGGAUUGACGUUAGUCUUGGCCAAUCUCAUUGACUCACACAGGUUGUACAUGGAAGGGAGCAACUCUGAGAAAAGAUAUUCUAGCAUCUGAAGUGAGUUCUGAACCUUUAUCUCUGAUCUCAGCAUCUAAACCACAAUCAGAUGAUCAGAUGCUGAAGAUUCAGGUUAUAUAACUUUCUAAUACCCUUCAACAGCAACAACACACACACACACACCUUUUGCGCAUCAUUGUAAUACUCCAACAGACACGGAAACACCGGCCAGACCACCUCCAUGGAGGCACAUCGGAUCAGCCCAGAAGCGGUCGCCAAGUGACCCAAGCCGAAGCUGAAGCCGACCGCUCACCAAGCCGACCAGCUGAAGAUUUCAAGCGCAUUGAAGAAUCAUUGGUGAAACGUGCUAUAGAGUGUUGACGACCGCAUGCCCACACAUGCUCACUGAUCCUUCACUCAGUGGUCCUGCAGGGCAAGUGGACGGUUUCUUUUUCAAUGAAGCGAGUGGCAAGCUGAACAGCUGGACUUGUUCUGUGCAAAGGCUAUUUUGUGUUGACAGUCUCUUGUCUUCCCAAGAACUCUGCACUUUCAAUCCACAGCAACUUCACAAGGUGCCGUGGUUACCGUGGUUUCUGUAGAUUCUAGACUCAUCUUGAAACAUCACGUGUUCGAGAGCGCACCUUUACAUCAUUUUAAAUCCAUUGUGCCAUGACGGCCUUGCAGCCCUGGAAGCUCAACAAGCAGAGAUCAUUCUGGUUUGUGUGCUUUGCCGCUAUGACCGCCAAUCACAUGCGGUGCUUUUGCGGUUUAAACUCCAUUAGGUCCAAGGUCCGUUCUUCAAGGCUACCAAGACCUGUUGGGCAAAAGCUCUUGCAUGCCAUGCUACGUAUCGAUGAUAUUGAUGACAGCUUGGACUUCUACGUCUCGAAGCUCGGAAUGAAGGUCCUGUCCUGCAAUCGUCGCCCCAACGGUGCGGCCACGGCGUUUGUGGCCUUCGGCGACAAGGCGACGAAGCGAGACCUGUCGCGCUUCGCGCUGGAGCUCGCGGCAGCGCCCAAGCGGAAGGAUUCGGCGACGGGAAGUGUCGAAGUGGGCAGCUUCGGAGGUCUUUGGAUCGCAGGAGAUCAGAAAGAGAUUGAGAUGAAGGAUCCAAGUGGAUAUCCACUCCGCAGAGUUUCGAAGCAACAGGAGCAGUCCAUUGUGGCACUGUGCUUAGAAACUGCAGAUUUAAGAUCAAGCAUCUCUUUUUACACGGAGAAACUCGGAAUGUCAGUAGCUGAAGACUCUCCAAAGGAGUCAGCAGAUGCGGCUUACCUGCAAUACUCCUCAGGUCCGCAAACUUACCUGUGUUUGCAACAGGCAGACAAGCCCGUGAAUGUGGGAUCAGGCUUUGAUCAUUUGGUUGUAUCCACCAAUGAUGUUCAAGAGGCAGCGGACCAGCUUCAGGACUUGGGUGUGAAACUCACCAUGAAGCCUACCGUGAUGUUCGGCCUAAAGAUUAUGGGAAUUCAGGAUGUGGAUGGUUACAAGAUCUUCCUGGUCGAUGAAGCUGACUUCGCCAAGUCCAAUGGAUGAGACAUGCACGUGCACACCGAUCACCCGCGCAUGCGUACACCUGUCACCCGCCGGUCACCUGCGGAGUGCGUGUCUUGGC